AUGGCGAGCUAUAAUGUCCGGAGCGACAGACUCCACAUUAUUCAGGAGCCAUUUCCGAAGAAUGGACUCAUUUUCGUCCUUGUCUUAGACCGGUGUGAUGGCGAGGAUUUUAUGUCGUUGUUGUUGUCCUCAGCGUUCCCUUGCCUAAAUGUCCACAUAAAAUUAGUGCUGCCACGGUCCGGUCCAGAACCGGACCGGAAAACGGUUCUCGGUUCUAGGUCUUCCCGAACGGUCCCAUUCUGGUUCGGCCUUGCCGAACCAUUCCGAACCAUUAUCGACUUCGACUUCGACUGCGACUGCGACAAAGUCGGUCUCCACAUCAAACUGCUGUCUUCGGGAUUUGCACUCUUGGUUAAUCAGGCUACCUUCAGCCUUUUCAAGGCACCUUUGAUUUGCGUCCCACCAAUCAUCCAGACUAAACCAUCACUCAGCUCCAUCUUGCCGUCGUCCACCCACAAAUUACAGGUACCCUCAGCUCCUGUUGCCAAUAAACCCAGCCUAUUCCCUACCUCGUCUACUCCACAAAUAACCACCACCACCGCACCUACCACGUCAUCUACACCCUCCAUACCGGACUUUUUCGCUAAGCCAAUUGCACCGUCGACGCCUGCACCUGCAGCUCCUUCGUUUUCUUUUGGUCCCAUGCCCGCACCGCCGCUGUUCGCUGCACCUACUUCCACAUCCACUAAUCUCUUCUCUGCACCAGCAGCAUCAAGCACGGAAACCGGCAAACCAGCACCAUUCCCCUUCGCAAAACCAACCCAUACCACUCCGAGCAACGCUGCCCCAACUUCUGCCCCAUCCACACCUGCACCGCUGAAGUUUGACUUUGGCAAGAAGCCUGCGAGCACGAUCCCAAAGCCUACUGCUGCACCUUCCCCUACCACAACUGUUGCCGACGCCGCAAAACAGACUUGCCCUUUAUUUGCGUUUUCGGCGGCUGCUCCCCAAUCCAGUCCCCUGGGAGCGAGUUCGCACGGCUGA